UUAUUUUAGCCCCGCGGUCCCUGCCUCUCUGUGAUUGGCUGGCGCUCCAAGGCUAUCCGGGCGCUGAUUGGUCGAGAGCUCCGCCAUCUUGCCACAGCUGAUUCUUGUUUGGUCGACUAACAGUUUUGGCUAGUGACAAUGCUCCGAGUGGGAGUGUGCCGUCUGCUGCAGCAUGGGGCGCCAGGGGGAAGGGCUGGUCUCUGGGCUGGGGCUGUCCGUGCGCAGUCCUCGGCCCCUGAGAAGAUUGAAGUGUUCAUUGACGACCAGCCGGUGAUGGUGGCGCCAGGAACGACCGUGCUGCAGGCAGCAGCUGAGGUUGGGGUAGAGAUCCCUCGCUUCUGUUACCACGAACGCCUCUCCGUAGCGGGAAACUGCAGGAUGUGUUUGGUGGAGGUUGAAAAGUCUGUUAAGCCUGUCGCAGCUUGUGCCAUGCCCGUAAUGAAAGGCUGGCGCAUCAAGACCGACAGCGACAUGACCCGCAAGGCCCGUGAAGGCGUGAUGGAGUUUUUGUUAAUCAACCAUCCGCUGGACUGCCCCAUCUGUGACCAGGGUGGCGAGUGUGAUUUGCAGGAUCAGUCCAUGGCAUUCGGCAAUGAUCGGUCAAGAUUUCUGGAUGACAAGAGAGCGGUUGAGGACAAAAACAUCGGCCCCCUUGUCAAGACCAUCAUGACUCGCUGUAUUCACUGUACCCGCUGCGUUAGGUUCGCCUCGGAGGUGGCUGGUGUGGAGGACCUUGGCACUACUGGGCGAGGCAGUGACAUGCAGAUUGGCACCUACGUGGAAAAGAUGUUAAUGUCGGAGCUGUCUGGCAAUGUCAUCGACCUCUGCCCUGUGGGAGCGCUCACCUCCAAGCCCUAUGCCUUCACUGCCCGUCCCUGGGAGAUUCGGCGCACUGACUCUGUGGAUGUGAUGGAUGCUGUUGGCUCUAACAUUGUGGUCAACCAUCGCACAGGAGAGGUCCUGCGCAUCCUUCCCAAGACCAAUGAGGAGAUCAAUGAGGAAUGGCUCUCCGAUAAGUCUCGCUUUGCCUGUGACGGCCUGAAACGGCAGCGUCUGGUGUACCCCAUGGUGAAGGACUCGUCGGGAGAGCUACAGGCCUGUCAGUGGGAGGACGCUCUACUUGUGGCAGCUCGAGCCCUCGCAGCUGCACAAGGAUCGGUCGCGGCUGUGGCUGGAGGUCUGGUGGAUGCUGAAGCUCUCGUGUCACUGAAGGAUCUCAUCAACAGGCUCGGAGGGGAGGCCACGUGCACUGAGGAGAUCUUCCCCGAGGAUGGCAGCGGAACAGACCUGCGAUCUUCCUACCUCCUGAACAGCACUAUUGCCGGCGUGGAGGAGGCUGACCUGGUGCUUCUGGUGGGGACAAACCCGCGCUUUGAGGCACCUCUCUUCAACGCUCGCCUUCGCAAAGCAUGGGUCCACAAUGACCUGGAUGUGGCUUCUGUGGGGCCUAAUGUGGAUUUGACCUAUGACUCAGAGCACCUUGGGGAAGACCCGGCAAUCAUUGGGCAGCUGCUGGACGGCACACACCCCUUCUCCAAGAGGCUGAGGGCUGCACGGCGCCCCAUGGUGGUGGUAGGCUCCAGUCUCCUUGCGCGGCCUGACGGAGGUUUGCUCAACGCUCGCCUUCAGCAGCUGGCUCAUCAGCUGCGUACGGGGUGUGAAGGUGGAGCCGAGUGGAGGGUGUUGAACGUACUCCACCGUGUUGCCUCACAAGUGGCUGCGUUGGACCUGGGCUACACUCCCGGGGUGAGCGCCAUCCGCAAUGCUCCCCCUCGCGUUCUCUAUCUCCUUGGAGCGGAUGAAGGCGCCAUCACCCGUGAGGACCUGCCUGCAGACUGCCUCGUAAUCUACCAGGGUCACCAUGGAGACAGGGGUGCAGAGAUGGCUGAUGUGGUGCUCCCAGGGGCAGCCUACACUGAGAAGACAGCCACCUAUGUCAACACCGAGGGCAGGGCACAGCAGACCCAGGCCGCCCUCGUACCUCCUGGGAUGGCGCGGGAAGACUGGAAGGUUAUCCGAGCCCUGUCCGAGAUCGUAGGUGCCGAGCUUCCUUACGACACUCUGAAUGAGGUGCGUGACCGACUGGCGGAGGUGUCCCCCAACCUGGUGCGUUACGGAGAUGUGGAGGAAGCCAACUACUUCGCUCAGGCUUCUGCCCUCGCUCAGCUGGUUAAGGGCAAGCAGGAGGCGACACCCAUUGACGUGCCUCAGAAGCAGCUGGAGGACUUCUACAUGACCAACGCUGUCUCCCGUGCGUCGCCCACCAUGGCCAAGUGCAUCGCUGCCGUUAAGAAAGAAGCAUCUAAUAGGCAUUUGGACAAGUAGACACAUCAAGCUGUUCCCUUAGAAUAUAUACUUUUAGCCGGGAAUUCAUGUGCUUCUUCGUAACCACAUCACACACAACCUUCGUGCACUUGAACAGGUUAUAGAUAGAUGACUUAAGUUAUGGUGCGAGUUUCUGAUCUCAUUUGUAAGGAACUCAUGCAUAGAGCUGGUUCCACAGUCCAACACAGUGUCUCCGUAACAGCCCGAACCAAACUACAGAAUCCCAUACCAUCCAAAACGGUGAGGUCUUCGAUGGCACACUAAACACACAAGACUUUUCCUGUAUAGUUUCAUCAAAUUUGUGAACUUAAAUACAAACACCAGACACUAGACAAGGAAAUUUCGAAGGCUCUGGUAUUGGUUUGGGAGCUUACUUACCCGUCAUGGAGAACUGUGAAACUGUCCCUUAAACACAACAAACAGGAUAGGUUAGGUUAGGCAGCACUAAGAGCCGGUUCCACAGUCCAACACAGUGUCUCCGUAACAGCCCGAACCAAACUACAGAAUCCCAUACCAUCCAAAACGGUGAGGUCUUCAAUGGCACACUAAAUACACAAGACUUUUCCUGUAUAGCUUCAUCCAAAUUCGUGAACUUAAAUACAAACACCAGACACUAGACAAGGAAAUUUCGAAGCCUCUGGUAUUGGUUUGGGAGCUUGCUAACCCAUCAUGGGGAACUGUGAAACUGGGCCAAAGUCUUGCUUGUAAUAAUCAGUUUCUUGAAAAUUUGUAGUUUCAUGAAGUGAUGUAAGUUUAAAUUGUCAAAUGAGAACCCAACCAUUUUUGCAGACCACUGAAAACUUGUGUGAAAUCAUGCUUACAACACUUAGUAAAAUUAUCGAAGUGUAUAUUUGAUAUAUCUUAAUAUUUCACAAACUGUUACAUGAACCCAAUGAAGUACCACAUUGUCGUUAAUAUAGGAGACGGUAGAUUUGUGAGUCCCAAUUUGUGUGAGAGAGUUAAGUAAGAUCCAAGGUGUUGCGUCUGGGUGUGGGGGAAAGGUUGCAUCUGUGGUGGUGGACAGGAGCAUGGUGAAGGGUGUAUAUAGACUCUGUUGUUUGUACAGACUAUUAUAAGUUUCUAAAAGAGA